UUACAAAUCAUACGUGAAUAUGAUGUGAAAGUAGCAAGAACGAUCUCCUUAGCCAGGCAUGUUGUUGUUUUGGAUAUUAUGGAAAAGCAGAGAACAUGCCAAGAUUCCUGCUUCAACUGGAUACUGAAAGCUUUUAAACCAAAAUUAAAAAGAUGUCCUGAUGCGGCACUCCAAACAGUAAACGUUACCCUCCUGUAUCCCUCUUCCUCAUCUCAACCUGCCGUUGCUGCUUCUCCUCCUGUACUUCCUGCUCCUCCAGAACCGACUAUUGGUACCGUUGGCUCCUCCCUUGGGUCCCGAACCCUCACUCGGCCGGUUGACAAAUCCCCGCUUUUCCCCUCCUCUCUGCUCCCCCGGUCCUCGUCCCUGAACCUCCUCUCCCCCCUCGCCCCAGUCUUAGCCCCACUGGUCCCCGUCCCUGGCAACAUGUCCAUCGCCCUGAAGCAGGUCUUCAACAAGGACAAGACCUUCCGGCCCAAGCGUAAGUUUGAGCCGGGGACGCAGCGCUUCGAGCUGCAUAAGAAGGCCCAGGUGUCGCUGAGCUCCGGGGUUGACCUGAGGGCGGCGGUUGCACUGCCUCACGGGGAGGAUCUGAACGACUGGGUGGCCAUGCACGUAGUGGACUUCUUCAACCGGAUUAACCUCAUCUACGGGACGGUGUGCGAGUUCUGCACGGAGAAGAGUUGUCCGGUCAUGUCCGGUGGUCCUAGGUAUGAGUACCGAUGGCAGGACGAUCACAAGUAUAAGAAACCAACAGCUCUACCUGCUCCCAAGUACAUGAACCUACUGAUGGACUGGAUCGAGGUACAGAUCAACAAUGAGGAUAUCUUCCCCACCAGCAUAGGUAUCCCCUUCCCCAAGAAUUUCAACCCAGAUCUGUAAGAAGAAAUCAUCUGCCGUCUGUUCCGGGUGUUUGUCCACGUCUACAUCCACCAUUUUGACCGUAUGAUCCAGAUGGGAGCUGAGGCCCAUGUUAACACCUGCUACAAGCACUUCUACUACUUCAGCACAGAACUCAACCUCAUAGACGCGCAAGGACUGGAGCCACUGAAAGAUAUGACGUCUGGGAUGUGUCACUGAGGUGUUGUGGCAGAACCACCGGUGCUGCUGAUGGUCUGGCAGGAGGUUACCAUGGCUACGCUGUGGGAGGGGUCCCGUGAGCAGCAGAGUUGCCUCUGAAGCUUUAUGACAUCAUCACUGUGCGUCUUGGUAGCCCGGAGAAGAACCUGUUACCUGCAGAUACGCCUGCCUGGCUGGAUGCGCACUGUAGCGAAGACAGACUACUACUAUUUGUACGAUCAACACUGUAGCAGAGACUACUAGACUCUGCUGUAGUCUGUCAUGUUAAACAACUCUCUCUAUAACACCAGAUCACAGAGGAGGAGCUGAUUAACUGAUGUUUGCAUGAGUUGAUUAUGUUCUAUAUAAGAGUAUGACUACUAGGACCACUUACUGACUGACUGAUUCACUGGCAGGCUGGCAGACUGUUUCACUGGCCAGUUGGAUGACUAACUAAUUAACUGGCUGGCUGACUGAUUAA